GUGUCCCUCCCUGACUCCCAGGUGAACUAAAGAGUCAGACUUCAGCACAUUUCUGUCAGACUGUCUCCGUCUCCUCUCGGGCUUCACUCAGUGGACCAGAUGGUUUUCAGAUCUCCACUCGACUUCUUCUCAGCCUCCCGCCUCCUCCUGCCGCACUUCGCGGAUGGGCCCUCACCCUUAGCCCGCUCCCGGUCCCCGGAGGAUACUCCCUCCGCCUGCCCACCCAUGGCUCUACCUGGACUGUGCUUCUCCGCGGCGCAGAUCGCCAGCGUGUGCGAGACUCUGGAGGAGACCGGGGACAUCGAGCGGCUGGCCCGCUUCCUCUGGUCGCUCCCGGUGACCGCGGACGGGCGCGACUCCAUCUCCGAGCACGAGUCCGUGCAGAGGGCCCGCGCCGUGGUGGCGUACCACACCGGGAGCUUCCGCGAGCUGUACCACAUUCUGGAGACGCACCGCUUUACGCGCGCGUCGCACGGCAAAUUGCAGGCGAUGUGGCUCGAAGCUCACUACCGGGAGGCAGAGAAGCUCCGGGGGCGGCCACUCGGACCCGUGGACAAGUACCGCGUGAGGAAGAAGUUCCCGUUACCCAGGACCAUCUGGGACGGAGAGCAGAAGACGCACUGUUUCAAGGAGCGGACAAGGGGGCUGCUGCGAGAGUGGUACCUGCAGGACCCCUACCCGAACCCGGGGAAGAAGCGGGAGCUGGCCCACGCCACCGGACUGACACCGACUCAAGUUGGGAACUGGUUCAAAAACCGGAGACAGAGAGACCGAGCGGCAGCAGCUAAAAACAGGUUGCAGCACCAUAUGUGUCCAGACGGUGCGCGUGCACUCAGUGGAGGAGAGUGCAGUCCGGACGGGAGCGCAGAUCGCGCGGACGGACACACUCUUCUCUCAGUUACAGACAGUGACUCUGACUUAGAUGUCUGACACUUUAAAUCUUCUGGAAUGGACCUUCAGAGGCCUGUGGUGGUCCGUCGAUGGAAACCGAAGAAAGGAGGAGCAGGAGGAGGAGUUGCACUAAACUUUAUUAUUCCAGAACAUCACACAGAUGAUGUAAAAGAUUUCUGUCCGUGCUGUUCGUUUCCUGCAGCCCAGACUUUUCUAAAUACAUCACUGGACGAAGGCAGUGCGCAUCGGUUGACCUCCCGCUGUUGGACUUCAACUCAGGGAGCCUCAUUCAGGAGGAGCGAAUCAAUCGUAUGUUCUAUAAUUAUGUGUCGUUCUUCUAUUUUUUAUUGGAACUAGUUGUGUCUGUAGAGGCCCCUGAAUGACCCCUGGAUGUCCCCUGCUUUGGACAAUCAAUUCACACUGAAGCCUUCCUCCCUGUCUGUACCUUUCUUAUACUUAAUUUAAAGUUCAGAGACUUCACUGUUCAGUCUGUGUUGGAUGAUAUGUCAGACUUCAAGUUCAGUUUG